AGGUGGGGCUGCCUGGGUUGUUGUGGGUGGGCGAAACGGCCGACAUGGCGCCGUCCGGGAGUCUCCGGAUCCCGGUGGCAGUGUUGCUGUUGUUGCUUUGGGGAGCUUCCUGGGCCCAUGGGAGGCGGAGCGACGUGCGCAUCAUCACGGACGAGAACUGGAGAGAGUUGCUGGAAGGAGAGUGGAUGAUAGAAUUUUAUGCUCCAUGGUGUCCUGCUUGUCAGAAUCUUCAACCAGAAUGGGAAAGUUUUGCCGAAUGGGGAGAAGAUCUUGAAGUUAAUGUUGCAAAAGUUGAUGUCACAGAGCAGCCAGGACUAAGUGGACGAUUUAUCAUAACUGCUCUUCCUACUAUUUAUCAUUGUAAAGACGGUGAAUUUAGGCGAUAUCAGGGUCCAAGAACUAAGAAGGACUUCAUAAACUUUAUAAGUGACAAAGAGUGGAAAAGUAUUGAACCCGUUUCAUCAUGGUUUGGUCCAGGUUCUAUUUUGAUGAGUAGCAUGUCAGCACUCUUUCGGCUCUCUAUGUGGAUCAGGACUUGCCAUAACUAUUUUAUUGAAGACCUUGGAUUACCGAUUUGGGGAUCAUAUACAGUGUUUGCUUUAGCAACUCUGCUUUCAGGACUAUUAUUAGGACUUUUCAUGAUAUUUGUGGCGGACUUCCUGUGUCCUUCAAAAAGGCGCAGACCCCAGGCAUGCCCUUCCAGAAAAUUACUACCAGAAUCUUCUCAACCUUUGAAAAAAGUGGAGGAAGAACAAGAGGCUGAUGUAGAAGAUGUUUCAGAAGAGGAAUCUGAAAGCAAAGAAGGAACAAACAAAGACUUUGCACAGAAUGCUGUAAGACAACGUUCUGUGGGUCCUUCACUGGCCACAGAUAAAUCCUAGUUAAUUUUUACAAAUAUUUUCAUAUGAUUUUGGCAGAAACAGAAGAUCAAUUAUUUGUUUUGGUUUGAAGUGAACUGUGACUUGCUUGUACAUUGCAAGGUUCAGUCUAGCUUGUCAUUAGGUUGAACAGUCUACCUUCUGAAAAUAAAAGUAGCACUGUGAAAAAAUAGGAUUUGAAAACAA